AAGACCAGCGCCCUCGGACCACAGCCCUUCUUCCAUGGUCUCCGAUGGCGCGCGUCCUCCCAGAGCCUUCCAGCUACACCCGUUCUGGGCUUCACCCUCAAAUCCACAGAUACCAGGCUCCGGAUUAUGGCCCAUGGCAGCGGUCUAAAAAGAAAACGAAGCCUUCUAUUCUACUUCCAGUCCAGCCAACCAGCAGCCACAAGAAAAACAAAACAAAGGCGUUGACUAGCGUCCAGCCAGUUCACUCCGAGCCCUUCUUGGUGGCGAAGCCGCCGAGGAAGCAGCGCAAACCGAGCAGAGGGGAGAAGGUGGACCCUGGAGGGGUGCAGGCCAGGAUCCGGCUCAUGCGGGCGGUGCUCAAGAGCCGGCAAACCUCGCUCCGGGAGCUCCUGGACCACGAGAAGUUUCUCAUUAAGCGCAACCAGGACCUGGUCAAGACGAUGCAGAACAUGGAGGACAGCUCGGCCCUGCAAUCGCGGGAAAUGCUGCAGCAGCAGGACAUCCUCAGUAAUGUCAUCGACAUUGUGGAGUAUUCUAACAAGAAGCGGCUGGAGGAGUUCGAGGGUGAGCUACAGAAGUUUGAGCAGGAGGAGGAAGAGAAGAUGAACUACCUGGAGCAGCAGGUGGACCAGUUGAAUGCCAAGAUCAAGAAGACCCAAGAGGAAGUGAAGUUCCUGAGCACCUACAUGGACCACGAGUACCCCCUCCAGUCAGUUCAAAUCUCCACCCUUCUACGCCAGCUCCAACAAAUGAAAGACCUGCAGCAGGAUGAGGUCGACGACCUUCAGGAGAUGCGCAAGAAGGUCCUGGAGUCCUUGUUCAAUAAGAUUCAGGAGAAGAAAAGGGACCUUCUGAGGUCUCUGGCCGAGAGAGCCCUGCGACCCCAUCAGGAGAUCCUUGUACAGAACACCCGGGACAACCAGGACAUCCUGAGAUACAUUGACAAGUUCAGAGAUUUUAAUCACGAGUUUCUGGAGGAAAUUCCUGCCCUAAGGGCCCAGGUGCGGCAGCUCCAAAGCCAGAUCCGGCAACCCCGAGAGAUCAUCUUUGCGGAUGUCCUGCUUCGGAGACCCAAGUGCCCCCCAGACAUGGACGUCGUCCUCGACAUCCCGAGGGAGGAGCUGCUGCCGUUCUAGUGGCCCUGCCACGCGCCACCUCCCCUCCCCUAGCG